AUUUUAUUUCGAUCAAGAAACUCCGAUUGGAAAUAGUACUUCAACGAAACAUAAAAACAGGCGAAAUCUGUAAAAAUUAGAAGACGGUUGUAAACAGCUGAGCCUGAGGCAUUUGGAUCAAGCUCCGACGACCUGCCACCGCCACCAUGAUUCACUUUGUUCUUCUCAUUAGCAGACAAGGGAAAGUAAGGUUGACAAAAUGGUACUCACCGUAUUCUCAAAAGGAAAGGACAAAGGUUAUCCGGGAGCUUAGUGGUAUGAUUCUCACCCGAGCCCCUAAGUUGUGCAACUUUGUGGAAUGGAGGGGAUACAAAGUUGUUUACAAAAGGUAUGCUAGCCUUUAUUUCUGCAUGUGCAUUGACCAGGAUGAUAAUGAAUUGGAGGUCCUCGAAAUUAUCCAUCAUUAUGUUGAGAUACUAGAUCGCUACUUUGGAAGUGUCUGUGAGCUGGACUUGAUCUUUAAUUUCCAUAAGGCGUAUUAUAUAUUAGAUGAAAUCCUGAUUGCUGGUGAACUUCAAGAGUCGAGUAAGAAGACCGUUGCACGCCUAAUAGCUGCACAGGAUUCUCUGGUGGAGGCAGCCAAGGAGCAAGCUAGUUCCAUCAGCAAUAUGAUUGCUCAAGCAACAAAAUAAGGAUGUGCUGGUAUCUAAACUGUUAGUAUUAUAUAUUUCGUUUGGGCAAAGGAAUGGGAUACAAACGUAGUAAACAAAUCUCAAUUUAUCUGUGGGCUGUGGAAGGAAAACUUUAUACCAUCAAAA